AUUUAUGUAAUACUAUAUCUGGAAAAUUCAGGAUUAUCAACUAAAUUAUUAGCCUCCUUCAAUUUUUUUUCCGCCUUGCUUUUUUUUUGGCCGACAUGCUAUAAAACUAACUAAAAGUAUUGAUGAGAUUCAAACUCACCAUUUUGACUAAUUGGACCAUCUGAAAAAGGAGGAUUUACCAAAACUUAUCAUUUUACAUAAAACAGUUUUGUAAAUUUAUAAUCAUCAAGAGAUUUCAUCUCGUAUCCUAAAAUAUUCACGUCCAAAUAUACCAUGAAUUUUGUCCGACUGUGAAAGAGGAAAAUAUAUGCAUCUAAAAAUAGAGAAGAGGGAAUAAAAUAAAAAAGAAUAAAAAUAUGAGUAGGUAUAUAUCUUUAGACUGGGACCAAAUGAGUGCCAUAUAGCAAUUCUUCCAAUCCAACCUUGCAACCCACUCAUAUUACUAUUCAAUCACAUAAUCUCUUUAUCUCUCUCACACUCUCCUCCCAUUCAUUCCCAACACACAAUACACACACUGAUAUCCCAUUGUAUUGUAUUGAAUUGUACAGGCCAUGGCAUUUGCAGGUACAACCCAGAAAUGCAUGGCAUGUGAGAAGACUGUGUAUCUAGUAGACAAGCUCACUGCAGAUAACAGAGUCUUCCACAAGGCUUGCUUUAGAUGCCACCACUGCAAGGGCACUCUCAAGCUAGGGAACUACAACUCUUUUGAGGGAGUACUCUACUGCAGGCCUCACUUUGAUCAGCUCUUUAAGAGAACUGGCAGCCUCGACAAAAGCUUCGAAGGCACACCCAAAAUUGUGAAGCCAGAGAAACCUGCAGAGUUUGAGAAACCUAAUGCUAAUAAGGUUUCAAGCAUGUUUGGUGGGACAAGGGACAAAUGCCUGGCUUGCAAGAACACUGUCUACCCAACUGAGAAGGUGUCGGUGAAUGGGACGUCGUACCACAAGAGCUGCUUCAAGUGCAGCCACGGUGGGUGCACGAUUAGCCCAUCGAACUACAUAGCGCACGAGGGACGCCUCUACUGCAAGCACCACCACAUUCAACUCAUCAAAGAGAAGGGCAACUUGAGCCAGUUGGAAGGUGAGAACAAGAACACAAGUGGUGUAGUGUAGCCAGCUGCAGAUCAUGGAUCAUAUCAUAAUAUUUUAAUUGAGACCACAUUAAUUUUCAUAUGUUGGUGUGUUUUUUGUUGCGUUUGAGAAUGAAAUGGAGAUUGAGAAAGCAGUGGGAACUCUGAGAGUGAGGUGUACGAUGGAUUUUACAUAAGGUUUGGAUGUUGGGAGUGAACAUAUAUAAAUGGAUGGAAUGUGUUGGAGAUUUUUUAUUCUAUAA